UGUCUGGGGACGCCAUGACAAUGCGUCUCUGACAGGGCAACCCCAAGUGUACGUCGGAUAGACGGUAUGCAAUUAACAGUCCCAAGUUUGGCUUGUGUCAACUGCCAAAACGCUGUCACCCAACGUCGCCGUCUCGUGUCUCGGGGGUCCGAGCUGUGACGUGGGGAGCUUCUCGAAUUUGUUUCCUCUAAACACCAAGAUAGUUUUCCCAAACAAGACUUGCCGCAUACUGGUCACAGCCUGGGUGAGCAGGCUUCAUAUUCUUUACUCUCACCGUGAAUCGCAUCCACCCAGCUACUCACCGCUUCCUUUCCGUGUCUACAACUUCACCUACUUGCGACUGCCCCACUACCGCAGCACUUGAAGUGUCCACACCACAGGAUGAGUAACGAAUUCAGCGUUGAGGUGCCGGGAGAGGCGAAUCCUCUGACUGAGAAUAUCCUGUUCCAUGUCUUGCGCUCGGCGUCUUCGGCGGACCAGACUCAGGUUCAGUCAGGCACCAAGCAACUCCAGCAGUGGGAGAAGGCCCAGGGUUACUACCCUCUACUGCAGACGGUGUUUCUGGACCAGUCCCUUCCACUAGAAGUCCGCUAUCUCGCCAUCAUCCAGCUUAAGAAUGGCAUCGACAAGUACUGGCGCAAGACAGCCACCAACGCAGUGAGCAAAGAAGACAAAGCUACCAUACGAGCCCGCCUACUCGAGAGUGCCGUCAACGAAGCCGACCACCGCCUAGCACUACAGAAUGCUUUGGUAGUUGCCAAGAUUGUCCGCUUCGAGUUCCCCAAUGACUGGCCUGAGCUGUUCCAACAACUACUCCAUGUCCUCCGCGCCUCGACCGAUCCGAACGCUUACCGACUACAACUUCCUCGCGCUCUUCUCGUCUUACUAUACAUUGUCAAGGAAUUAUCAACUGGGCGACUUCUAAGGACACGGCAAAGCUUACAGACGGUUGCACCAGAAAUUUUCAAUGUAUUAGGCACCAUCUAUGUGAACAAGGUACAAACAUGGCAAGCCUUCUUUCGCGACGGCGGAGACGACGAAGGCGGCGCACUUGAGAGCAUCGACAACAGCUUACUCGCCAUCAAAACGAUGCGGCGGUUGAUCAUUGCAGGCUACGAGUUCCCGGGCAGAGAUAAGGACGUCCAAGGAUUCUGGACACUAACACGUACUCAUUUCGGAGAGUUUCUGCAAUAUGUGAUACCAGAAAACUCGCCACUUGCAGUUGAAGUCCAGAAGAAGAUAGGCAAGCACUUGAUGCAGCUUUCCAAGUUACAUCUCAACAUGGCUACUACUCAUCCAGCAGAUUUUGUCCUUUUACCCAACUCGAUAGAUCUCGCGCGCGACUACUGGAGUCUCAUCUCAAGAUUGGGCGAGCAGUGGGGCUCAAAGUCUAUUGAGGGUGCCAAAGUCGGCACCGAUGGCGAUGAAGAAGACGAAUCGCCCAUCAUCGAGCGUCUGGGUCUCAAGGGCUUGCUACUAAUCCGUGCUUGUGUGAAGAUGGUCUUCUACCCUACUCAGACCUUCCGCUUCAAGCAUCAGCAGGAAAAGGACGAGAAGAACCAAGCCACACAUAUGAUCAAAACAGACCUUCUCACUGAUGAUCUUGUACGUGAAAUGAUCUCAGCCCUGGUGCAGCGCUUCUUCGUUUUCCGGCCUAGCGAUCUCCGUAUGUGGGAGGAAGAACCCGAUGAGUGGGAGAAGAUGGAGGAGGGAGCAGAGGACUGGGAGUUUGCAAUCCGACCCUGUGCCGAGAAGCUCUUCCUAGACCUUGCAAAGAAUUUCAAAAAUUUGAUCAUUCAACCGCUACUCCAAGUCUUCUAUACAGUCGCAACUCCGGAGAACGAGGAUAUCCUGUUCAAGGACUCCGUAUAUACCGCUAUUGGGCUUGCAGCCGAUAUACUACACGACCAGGUGGACUUUGAUUCGUUCUUGGAGAAAACGCUAGUCGUCGAGGUUGCGAAACAGAAGCCAGGCUACAAUAUUAUCCGCCGUCGCAUCGCCAUCAUCAUCUCUCAGUGGAUAACUAUCAAGAUGGCCAAGGAGAAGAAGCCUAUCGUAUACCAAAUCUUCCAGCAUCUGCUUGACAAGAAUGAUCCGAUGAACGACCAAGUGGUUCGGAUCACCGCAGGCAGGAAGUUCCAUGCUGUCGCUGACGAAUGGGAAUUCCAAGCUGACGCGUUCUUGCCUUACUCACAACUUAUGUUAGAUAGAUUGAUGGCGCUGGUCCAAGAAGUUGAGCUUCCAGAGACGAAGAUGGCACUUCUCAACACGAUCAGUCUUGUCGUAUAUAGACUGGAGCACCACAUCACACCGUAUGCUAAUAGCAUCAUCGCUCUCCUUCCACCCUUGUGGGAGCAGUCUGGCGAGGAGCAUCUGAUGAAGCAAGCCAUCCUUACCCUUCUUGCUCGCCUAACAAAUGCAAUGAAAGCUGAGUCACGCUCUUUCCAUGUUUCCUUCUUGCCCAUAAUCCAGAGCGCUAUUGAGCCUGGUUCGGAGACUCAGGUCUACCUCCUCGAAGAUGCGCUUGACCUAUGGGCCUCUAUCAUCGCACAAACACCGUCAGCCCCGGAACCCACACCACCUGAGCUGCUCAACCUCCUUCCCUACCUGUUGCCUCUCUUCUCCAUGGACAAUGAAACACUACGAAAAGCCAUUGAGAUUACAGAAGCCUAUCUCCUCCUCGCGCCCGCUGCCGUCCUCGCAGACUCUUUCCGUCCCGCGAUUCUUCAGGCCCUCGCGGAGCUACUGGGCAGCUUGAAACCUGAAGCGAACGGUAUCAUGACACACCUCGUAACCUGCAUCAUUAGAGGCGCGGACGGCGUAGGUGGCGAGAACGCUGUCAAGGUUCUGACGAGCGAUCUGAUAUCCUCUGGCUUUCUAGCCAAAGUUAUGGAGGGCCUUCACGGCGCAUGGACACACCACCAAUCCCACGGUCCCUACCGUGAGCUUCCUUCUCGUGCGGUCGAUGGGGUAGUGGAGACGGAUUACUUUACGGUAUUAGCUCGUAUUGGAGUUGCUUCACCUUCUGUUCUCCUGGAAGCACUCUCCUCACUAUCGAGCGAGGGCUUAGAAAAGACUCUGGACUGGUUGCUAGAAGAAUGGUUCAGCCACAUUGAGAACAUUGGCGACGCACCAAACAAAAAGCUUAUGUGUCUUGUUCUCACACGCUUCCUAGAAGGAGGACAGCCUUGGAUGAUGGGCAGGUUGCAGUCGUUGAUAGGGAUUUGGACGGAUGUGCUAGGAGAGUUGCUGGAUGGCAUGGUCGAUCGAAGUCAAGACUCUCUGUUCUGGCCUCCAGAACCUUAUCACCCUACAGAACCCGAAGCACCGGAGGAUAUACGCAAGCGCGAACUCAUUUAUACUGACCCCGUCCAUCAGAUUAACCUUGUUGCAUUUGUCAGAGAGCAUCUUCAGCAAGCUAUACAGCAAGUAGGCGGAGAACAAGCCUUCCAGGAAGAAUGGCUCAGCCGUGUGGAUAAGGAGAUUCUCAAAGGUUUCGGAGAGUUGGGCAUUAUGUAAGAAGGGGCUAGGAAAAAUGAGUAGCAUUUGGAAGAGGAAUCAUAAAGACUAAGCAAAGGAGCAGUGAAGGCGGAAUAUUAGUAGCGGUCCACGCGUUUCUAUAUCCAAUACUAGCCUCGUCACCCUUCGAG